CAAAUUAUCUGCUUAUUUUUACAUUUGAUCAUUUAAAUAAAAAAGACAAAUUUUACUCUGACCUUUUAAGAUCUAGCUAAAAUGAAAAGUGUAAAAAACUUUCAAAAACAAAAAUGACAUAUAUUCCAAGUUAUCUGCCUACUUUUACAUCCGAUCAUUUAAUAAAAAAGACAAAUUCAAAUAAAACAAUUUUUUUAAAUUAUGAAUAAAAUAUCCCGCCCAAAAUGAAAUUUAACAUGAUCCUCCAUAAUUCUUCCACGUCUUUAUAAUUUAAUGCAUCCUCAUCAUUCAUCACUCCCAUAAGUACUAAACAUCCAAGUUCCAAACCCCAUUCAAACUCCACAUGCAUUUUCAUUUUUAGUGAGAUUUAGAUCAAAAUAAACAUACCCAUAAAUUCAAAUAAAUGGGAAAAGAGUAUGAAGAUCAAAUAGCAUCAAUGAGAGAAGCAUUCUCUCUUUUCGACACCGACGGAGACGGUAAGAUCGCUCCGUCGGAUCUCGGUAUCGUGAUGCGUUCAUUAGGCUCGAACCCGACUCAAUCGCAACUCCGCCACAUCUUAGAAAGAGAAAAACUCACCUCCCCUUUUGACUUCCACAGGUUUCUUGAACUAAUGGUUAAGUACAUGAAACCUGAUGAUCCGUUCGAGUCGGAGCUCCGUGAUGCGUUUCGGGUACUUGAUAAGGAUUGUUCCGGUUUUGUGUCGGUUUCGGACCUUCGACAUAUAUUGACCAACAUUGGGGAGAAGUUGGAUCCGGCAGAGUUUGAUGAUUGGAUUCAAGAAGUUGAUGUUGGAGAGGAUGGAAGGUUUCAGUAUGAAGAGUUUAUUUCUCAACUUCUUGUCAAGUGAUCAUGUUGCUAUUAAUAUAAAUUACUUGUAUUAUUUUGUUUUUAAGCCUAGAAUUUCUAUAGAUUUAUAAAGCUUUGUUUAUGUAUUGUAAAUCUUAUGCUACUUCUGUAUUAAUAUUAGAAAUCCUAUUCCGUUUUCCUAAAAAAAAAAUAUUAGAAAUACUAUAGUUCAAUUUCGUAAUC